AUGUUAAAGGGAGCUACUGAAAAUAGUGAAUUUAACUUCCAUCCUAAAUGUGGGCCUUUGAAGAUUACCCACCUAGCAUUUGCGGAUGACUUGAUGCUUUUAGCUAGAGGUGAUGCUAUCUCGGUUGGUAUUUUGAUGGAGUGUUUAUCCAACUUUGGAGAUAUGUCCGGAUUAAAGAUGAAUGUUAACAAAUUAAACUUGUACACGGCAGGUGUCCAUCGACAAGAGUUGGAGGAUAUUGUUCAACUGACAAAUUUAGUGAAAGGAUCUAUGCCUUUCCUCUACUUAAGGAUUCCACUUGCCGCGAUAAAACUUAAAAUCAGCUCCUAUGACUCACUUAUUAACAAAACUAAGGACUACAUUGGAGCAUAG